GCUGCAAAACAGCACAGCAAAUCUGGAGCUCUGCUGGGCCAAACAGUUGCUUCUCGCCGCGCAUCUUUGCAAGAAAUGGGCGUUGUAAGAGGAAUGGUUUGCCUCCGUGCUCACCGCACACACCCGUAGUGCUGCAGACGUCUUCUGAGCCGCUGAAGGAUUCAGGGUGUGAGGAUUGCGGUAAGAGCCUUAUAGGAGAAUGCAAACUCCAUGGACCACUCAUCAAGGCUAAAGACAGGGUUAUUCCUAGCCGAGCCCGUCUUACCCUACCUCAUUACCUGACUCUGCGAGUGUUGGAGCUGCGAGCUGGAAACCAGCAGACCCUUGGAGUAUUUGCAAAGAAAGUAAUACAGAAGAGAACACAGUUUGGUCCUUAUGUUGGUCAACUGUCUACAAAACUGACCCGCUAUGAUGAGAGUAGGCUAGUCCUGCAGGUGUUGAAAGAUGGAGGGAAGUACUUUCUGGACACUCCCAAUGAAGACUGUGGAAACUGGAUGAUGUUUGUCCGGCUAGCCCGGAACCAAGAAGAACAGACCCUUGUGGCUUAUCAGCACUGUGGAGAAGUCUACUUCACGACUGUUAAGCCAAUUGAACCCCACACAGAAUUGAAAGUAUGGUAUGCUGCCGAUUAUGCCAAAUUUAUGGAAGCUUCUGCAGUCUUCAUUAAAGAAGAAUCUGAUGUCUGUCCUUUGCCUCCAGUAGCAAAAGAGCCCGUAGACCCUUGGAUAUGCUCCAGUUGUAGAAGCACUUUUGCAACUUUUGCUCUGCUGGAAUCUCACCAGUGCAUCAAUAAAGACCGAGUCCUUACCACAAGGUUCAGACCACCAAAUAAAUUGGGACCUGUAAAAGCAAAAAGCAAACUUAAAGGGAAACUGAGAGGAUCGGCAUUAGGCAAAAGCAUCACUCAGUGCUAUGGGACCAUUUCUUGUUCCUCUGCUGCAAAGCUUAGCUGUGCCAGCUCAGGAAACGCUUGUGAUGCUCUUGUGAGGUUUAUACCUAAAUGGAGAAAUGGCCGCUCUUCUCUGUUGAAGGGGAAAGAAGUGAAGCAGCCAGACAGUUACUCUUGCCGACUUUGUGGGAAGAUUUUUGAUUCCAUUGAAAAGCUCACAGUCCACACUUACGCGCACAAAGGGGAGCGCCCCUACAAGUGUUCACAGCACGGAUGCACAAAAGCCUUCAUUUCCAAAUAUAAACUGCUCAGGCACUCAGCCACUCAUUCUCCACAGAAAUCUCACCAGUGUGGUUACUGUGAAAAGACCUUUCAUAGGAAAGACCAUCUAAAGAAUCACCUUCAGACUCAUGACCCUAACAAGAUGGCCUUCAAGUGUGAAGAGUGUGGUAAGAAGUACAACACCAAGCUAGGUUAUAAGAGACACUUGGCUCUUCAUGCAGCCACCAGUGGGGACCUUACCUGUAGGGUGUGUGCCCAGGAGUUUGGCGGUACUGAAGUUUUAUUGGAACACCUCAAAAGUCAUGCAGGGAAACCAACUGGCAAUACCAAGGAAAAGAAACAUAAGUGUGACCACUGUGAACGUCACUUCUAUACCCGUAAAGAUGUGCGACGUCACAUGGUGGUUCACACGGGUUGCAAAGACUUUCUAUGCCAGUUUUGUGCCCAAAGGUUUGGGCGGAAGGACCACUUGACUCGCCAUACUAGGAAGACUCAUCCACAAGAACUGCUGAAGAGCAGGUUGCAGAAUGGUGACUCAGUAGGUCUCCUUGACCAACUUUUUCCAUUCAGACUGAAGGAAGAUGCCAGCAUAGCAUCACCUUUUCCUGAAAGAGUCUCCUCGCAGAAUGGAAUUUUGAAUAGCCCAGAACCAGAGGAAUACAACUGUUCACAUCUUCAUCCCCAGCCAAGCUUACAAACUGCUCUUCCUCUUGAACCUUCUCCUCAUUUGCAAAGGAUGGGCUGUGCAGACAGCCUUGCAGCUGUCCAUCCCACACCGUGCUCAACAGCCAUUCCUGCCAACCUGAACCUUCAUCAGUCUAAUAAAUAUGACCUUAGUUCUACCUCAUUUGCAGCAGGAUCCCUCAAAAAUCUUCCAAUCAGAGUGGAUGUUAAAGGUUACAAUGUCCAUCUUCUAGAGGACCUGCCAUUACCAGAACCUCAGUCUCUCCACAAAAUCGGUCUGGAAGAAGCUUCCUCAGGGCCUGUAGGUGAUACUCACAAGUACGCAGUGCACAAGGAGACAGAGACAGCAGCUGAAACUACCAGCAUGCCUUUCAUGGAUCUCACUCAUGUGAUGAGUUUCUGGCAAAUCCCACCAGGUGACAACCAGAACACUACUGGGGACAUCACAAUGGCAUUUGGUCCAGAGGAGCCAUCACACAGGCUGAAUGGCCAACAGCAAGGUCUACAGCUAGCAACUGGUGGCAUGGCCAUAAACCAGCUGCAUCAUUUUCCUCGCUCCUUUCCAUCCACUACAAAUUCUGUAACGUUGCCUCAUUUUCAUCAUGCCUUCAAAUAACUAUGCCUUUAAAAGAAAAAAAAGACUGAUUUACUUAAAUCUGUUAGGAGAGGGUUUUUUGUUUAUUUGUUUUCAUUUUGUUUUAAGAAAAACUGUCCCAAAUGUUUUUUAAAGCAUGUUACGAACAUGGUAGUUCAAUUCAGAAUGUUAAUAAACAAGAAGCUCUAUUUUUCAUACUACUAUUAGUUUUUAGCAUAUGACGAUAGUAGGACUAACAUAUUUCCCUCAACAUCCUCUGUAUUUUUGUUUCUUACCUUUCAAACAAACAGCUGAAUAAAUAUCUUCAAUAAUAGCAAAGCAUCAUAACAGGCACAAUGAAACUUUGGCUGCCGCAGUAGGAGAAAAUAGGGUUAGGGUGAACGGGAAAAAGGGGGAAAUCACAGAAAAAUAACUUUAAUGAGCCAAGAAUCACAGUAAGUGUAUACACAUGAAAACCUUAAUAUGAACAAGUUAUCGGUGUGAUAUAGAUUUCUGUUAAGCACUUAAUUAUUGAGUUUUAGGAAUCUUUCAUUUAAAUCCAAAUAAUUCCAAGAAUAAAUCUUAUCUCCUUGUUUCACUCUUUUCAAAUGAAGAAAAUUACUGUUGUGAUUAUGUUUAACUAGAUCUUUUUUUUUUUUUUUUCCUGAGGCACACUUCAGCUGUGUGCAUCUCCUGCAUUAUUCCUAUGGCUGGAAAUAACUACCACUGCUGCGUGACUGUGCCAGAGCAGCUGUCUUGUAUGGGUGUGGUUUUUCAGAAUGGGAAGUGAAUUUUCUCAAAGGUUAGAGCAAACAUUAAUUUCCACUUAGAACGUGAUCAUCUAGCAAGAUACAGGAACCUGGGUCUCACUCUAGCAAAGCACUUAACCAUUUGCUUAAAUUUAAGCAUGUGUAAUCCCAUUGGGUCAACAGCUUGCCUGAUUUAACACUCAAUAAAAAAUAAUGCUUCCUACCUAAGGGGCCUUUAUUCACCUUUUGUUGAUUUUUUUUAAAAAAUGGCUUUUGUUUAGCAUGGGAAAUUAUUCUUAAUCAUAGCAGUCUGAGACACGGCCUCCUUGACAGAAAGCCAACCCUGGCAAGGCAGCUCACCUCCAUCCAAGCUUAACCUCUGUCGAGUCAGGGGUAGGUCCCCAUGCAGGAGGCUUGUGCUAGUUAGCUCAGGCUGUGCCCUGUUCUAAACCACAGGUUGUGACCCUGCCUCAAAAGCAUCGUAUGAAGUUAGCAGGUACGGUAAUAGUCAAAGCCAUCUUAAUCACAUUUGUUUUGCUCAAUAGUAUUUGGGCGGUUAGAGUUGGGCUUUCAGCCUGUGUUUCUUCCAAUGCAGCUUCACAGGGACUUCUCUUAGUUUCAUGUGGUAAAUUGUCCUUAUACGUUUCCAGUUUCCAUCUGGAAACUGGUGUGACAGUCCCAUCACCUGACCAAUGAGCUAGCAGAAAUUGCAGAAAAAUCACAUCUCCCUCCCAGUAGAUGACAUUAAAUAAUAGAUAAAUAAAAAGCCUUCCAAAUUUACUUGCUUGCCUGACCCAUACUUAAACAAAUAAUAAUAAUCCCAUUUUACUGUAUGAUGCCAUUACUAGUGGAUUUUGUCACAGCUGAAACAGAUGCAGAAUUUCUGAAUCUGAAUACGCAAUCUCUUCCAUUAAAUUGAAAGGUAACUAAUUGUACCUAAUGAUCAUUACAGAUAAAUCAUGAAACAAGUUUGUUCUCGUCUCCCCCAUUAAUCACAGAAAUAUUUCCAGAUAAAUUCUAAUAAAAAAUAUUUUUUAAAUGAUUGCUAUUUUGCUUUCAAAGAACUACAAUGACAGAUAUUAAUAUUUGUACAAGUUUAUGAUUAUUUGGAUUAUGGAAAGGUGGUAUUAUUGCAGUUUGUGUAAGAAUAUGUUCUUCAGAUCCAUUUUUAUUUCAAAUGUUUUUGGCAUAGAACAAAACAAAAGGAAUUUUAUGAUCAUUUGAAUUAUGAGAAUAGCAGUAGAAAAAGUGGGUAGUUGCACAUUCAUGUCCAGCUAGCAGUUAUUUAAAUUACAAGUGUCAGAAUAGCGAAAAAAUUUAAAACAAUGUUACAUGCACAAUUUACAACUCAUCUCAUAAUUUUAUCCAGACUUGGAAAGGUGUGUUUAUAUUCAUUGACUGCAUUGUUUUUCUUGUUCAUGCAAAUUGUACUCAGUUGCCUUUGUUCAAGCAUGUGUACUUGUGAAAAAAAAAAAAAAAAAAAAACAUUCUUGUAGCAGUGUCUGAUCGUAUGUUAUUAGUAGACAAUUUGUCCUUUUGGUUUGUGCUCCUAUAAGAGAUGUAACUAAUUAUGAAAAUACUUGUCUUUGAGUUAAAAAAUGAUGUUAAGAAGGAACCAUUACGCAAACAUUGAGCUAGCCUGACACCCGCGCUCUGUGAGCUGCUCGACUGCAAUCAGGAACCAGGGCACUGGGCUGCCAAGGGACGCCUUGGUCCCUGGUCACAAGCUGUUCUGAAACAUGCAAAGUUAUGUUAAUGAGAGGCAUUUAUCAUAUGUAACUAUGGGUUAAAGACCGAGUCUCAGUUAAGCAAAACGAAAAAAAAGAUCCCUUGUAAUAGUAAGACUCUUUAAAAGCGCACUAUAAUGGUGUCUACAAGUAAAACAGAGAAGGAGACCUUAAAUAGGUGAUCCUGUUGGUUUAUCUCUUCAGUCUUCAUUUUUUUUUCCAGAUUCUCGACAUUGUAAAUAAGGAAGGUGCUCAGCAGUAUUCUGUAUACAGCAUAUGGUAGAAAUACCCUAGAGUGCAGCAAAUUAAAGGACCUAUUUUUGCCUGCAGAUUAGUUGUUACUACUUCAUUAUAAGUUUUCAUUUAUCCAUUACAAAAUUGUGUCUGCAUUAGAAUGUGGCUUAUUCUAGGCUGACAUGAAAAUGUAUGUAGCCAAAUUGCAGGUCAAAUAUAUCUGUAUUGAAUUUUGCACAAUUGUGGCUUUGGGUACAUAUAUGCUAUCCAUACAUCCCUUCCUUAAACCAAGGUAAUUGUCUUUCAGGAGUAUCCUAGCACCAUCACACAGCUACUUCAGAAACGAUUAUUCUAUUCAGGCUUGAUUCAUUAAAAACCAUGGUCUAAUCACAUUAAGCCAUCUCAGCAUAAAUGCUCAAUGACAGUACUGUAAUAUAAUGGUGUUACUGUGUUUUUGCCGUACUACUAUUUGUGUCCCUGAUAUCAUCAAGUCUUGUAUCCUUAGCAUCCCUAUUGCUAUAACCAUGAGCACAAUUCCCAGAGGCUAAAGAGAGAACAGUUCAGUGGUCAUCUCGUGUUUGACCACAGUCACUGCCACAUACUCCACACACAGACAUGCUGCAAGUUGUACUCAUGCUGAGCUCUGCAAGAGUUUUGUGGCUGAAGUCAACGUAAGCAGGAGCAGAUUCCUGUACUCCAAGGCACAGAGUGUGGUACCUUUGAUACCCCAUCCCUGGAGGUGUUCAGGGCCAGGCUGGAUGGGGCUUUGAGCAACCUGGUCUGGUGGGAGGUGUCCCUGCCCAUGGCAGGGGGUUGCAAUUAGAUGGUCUUUAAGGUCCCUUCCAACCCAAACCACUCUGUGAUUCUAUGAUCUUGGUCUUAUUUCUCUCCUGGAAAAAUAUUACCUUCCUUUAAGAAAUGGGCUCUUAAAAAUACCACAUUCUAUGCACACUUUCAGAAGAAAAAGGUUGGGAAAAUGUGUGGCUCUGCAGACCACUGACCUGCACAACAGGAAGACAUGAUCUAGGUCAGGCACUGACCCUCUGUAACAUCUCUGGUUAUCUCACAUUAUAAUAGAAAUGAAAAUAGUUUAUUUCUCUAUCUGAACACUGCUUGGAAAUCUGUAGAAAUAGUGUGAUCUGUGGCAGCUAAACAACAGAAUUACUAUAAUCAAAUGCUGUAAAACUGAAAAACUUGGUGAACAUUUGCUCUCACA